AUGUCCACCGAAAAAGUCCAGGAACCAGCACCAGCAUCUGAAAGUCUCAUCGCAAAGGACACAAAUGGCACCGGUCAAGCUGAAGGCCUUGACAAGUUGGGAUACGUACAGGAACUAACCCGCAAUCGAUCCCUCUUCACCCUCCUCUUCCAGACACUCGCCAUUGCCGCCAUUCCCUAUGGCGAAGGGGGUCCCCUGAUGAGCGCCAUCUACGGUGGUGGGCCACUCUCCAUAUUCGUGGGCUGGAUUGUUGUCUGCAUCCUAGAUGAAUGUGUCGCUUUGUCGCUUGCUGAAUUGGCUUCGCGCUGGCCUACCUCCGCAGGUCCAUACUACUGGUCCUUUCAAAUCGUGCCUCAGCGAGCCAAAGUUGUUCUAUCCUUCAUCAACGGCUGGGUCUGGCUCAUUGGUAAUUGGACAAUCACCCUCUCCGUGAACUUUGGAUUUGCGUCUUUACUCUCGGGGACCAUCUCAAUGUACCAUCCCGACUGGUCUGCGAAUGAUUGGCAACUGCUUCUUAUCUUUUACGCGAUUUGCCUAGCGUCCUUUGUCAUUUGCACUUUCGGAAAUAGUUUUUUGCCUAUGAUUGACACCAUCUGUGCUGCAUGGACUGCGAUCAGUAUCCUCAUCAUCAUGAUUGCGCUUUCUGUUAAGGCUGAUGUGGGUCGUCAUGAUGCAUCCUACGCUCUCGGUCAUUACGAUACCAGUCUAUCCGGAUGGGGAGGUUUUACGUUCUUCAUCGGACUUUUGCCAGCGGCAUACUGCUUCUCAGCUGUUGGUAUGAUCUCAUCUAUGGCAGAAGAAUGCGCAAAUGCCGUCGUCAAAGUUCCCCAAGCCAUUUCGCUAUGUGUCCCCGUCGGUGGAAUCGCAGGCUUGUUCUUCAUCAUCCCCAUCUGCGUCACUCUGCCACCCUUGGAAGAUAUCAUCCUAGCCCCUGCCGGACAAGCAUUGCCGUAUAUCUUCCAGCAAGUCAUGGGAUCGCCCGGUGGUGGUCUGGGACUUAUUUUCCUGGUUCUGGCCAUCACCCUCUUCUGCUCCAUCAGUAUCACAGUGGCAGCAUCCCGAACAACAUACGCAUUUGCCCGCGACGAGGCACUGCCUCUAUCCAAACUCUGGGCCAAAGUCAACUCUCGCCUCGGCGUACCUGUCUGGUCUCUUGUCCUCGUGACAGUUGUCCAGAUGCUUUUAGGCUUAAUCAACCUCGGCAGCUCCAGCGCCUUCACGGCAUUUGUCUCCGUUGGCGUCGUCGCUCUAGCAAUCAGCUACGCCAUUCCCAUCGGUGCCAGCGUCUUCCACAGACGCCAAGAAGUCAACAACGCCAAAUUCAACUGCGGGCCCGUCGUGGGGCUAGUGGUCAACAUCAUUGCCCUGCUGUGGAUUGCGUUCGAGCUGGUGCUGUUUUGCAUGCCGACGGUCCUGCCAGUUACGGCUGUUUCGAUGAAUUAUGCGGCUGUUGUGUUUGUGGGAUUUAUGGCUAUUUCGGCGGUUUGGUAUGGCAUUUAUGCUAGGAAAACAUAUAAGGGCCCUCCCGCGUCUGAUGGACUUUGA